GGUUCUCCCCGAGCUCCCUGCUGCUGGCGAUCGCCAGAAGCUUCAGGGAGCCAUGGCCCUACUCUCCUGAUGCAGAGGCUUCCUGUGCAGGAUCUGAUCAAGAUCCUCUCAUGAGGAAGGCCAGCAUGGUGAUGGAUUUCCUGCUGGAGAGGUACACCAAGAAGGAGCCCAUCACAAAGAAUGCCAUGCUGAAUGUCAUCGGAAGGAAGUACAAGGAGCACUUCCCGGAGAUCCUGAGCAGAGCCUCUGAGCGCGUGGAGCUGGUGUUUGGCCUGGAGCUGAAGGAAGUCGACUGCAGCAGGAACAUCUACGCCCUCGUCAACAAGUUCACUCUCGGGGUUGAGGAAGGUUCAAGUGAUGAGGAGGAGCUGCCCAAGUCUGGUCUCCUCAUGGCGCUCCUGGGCAUCAUCUUUAUGAAGGGUAACCGCGCCACCGAGGAGGAGAUCUAUUUCCUCAAUGUGUUGGGGAUCUAUGCUGGGAGGAAGCACUCCAUCUUUGGGGAGCCCAGAAAGCUCAUCACCAAAGAUCUGGUGCAGAAGGGGUACCUCAACUACCACCAGGUGCCCAAUAGCGAUCCUCCGCUCUACGAGUUCCUGUGGGGCCCGAGAUCUUAUGCUGAGACCAAUAAGAUGAAGGUGUUGGAAGUUCUGGCCAAGAUCCAGGAUACGGUCCUGAGUUCCUUCCCAGACCUCUAUGACGAGGCUCUGAGAGAUCAGGCUUUAGAGCAGGGCUGA